UCCUUCUCAAGCGACAGACAUCAAUAUGGUGUCCAAGAGUAUAAUAACUCUUCUGGCCCUCACGUGCCUCUUGGCGGCCACGUGCGCUGAUCCAGAGCCCGAUUAUGGACAUGGGCACGGGGGCCAUGGCCACGGCGGAGGAUACGGAAAGGGCCAUGGCGGAGGUUAUGGCCAUGGCGGUGGUCAUGGCCAUGGCGGAUACGGGAAAGGUCAUGGAGGAUAUGGCCAUGGUGGCGGAUAUGGAAAGGGCCAUGGUGGUGGCCAUGGCGGAUACGGGAAAGGUCAUGGAGGAUAUGGGCAUGGUGGCGGUCACGGCCAUGGUGGAUACGGGAAAGGUCAUGGAGGAUAUGGCCAUGGUGGUGGUCACGGCCAUGGGGGAUACGGGAAAGGUCAUGGAGGAUAUGGCCAUGGUGGCGGAUAUGGAAAGGGCCAUGGUGGUGGUUAUGGCCAUGGUGGUGGUCACGGCCAUGGUGGAUACGGAAAAGGUCAUGGUGGCGGAUAUGGCCACGGAGGAGGACAUGGCCAUGGAGGUGGAUAUGGCCAUGGAGGUGGAUACGGAAAAGGUCACGGAGGAGGUUAUGGCCACAGUGGGGGAUAUGGCUAUGGUCAUAGCCAUGGUGGAUAUGGCCACGGCGGAGGAUACGGAAAGGGCCAUGGUGGCGGCUAUGGCUAUGGCCACAGUGGUGGAUAUGGAAAAGGUCAUGGAGGAUAUGGCCAUGGCGGUGGCCACGGUUAUGGUUAUGGUCACUAAGUUCAAAUCGCGAGAAGUGUUAUCUACGUUAACAUACCUGGACGUGACUUUCCUC